AUGUGGAACGACGAGGAAGACAAUAACCCUUACGGCACGAGCUUCGAGCGUCGUGAUUCCAUCACAUCCUCUUCUGCGCACCCUACUUCUCCUGGUUCCCACGACUCGUUGGAUGACUCUCCUGACGAGGCUGAUCCCGACUGGGAAUAUGUAGACCAACAUCGCCCGAGCACCCCGUCUUCUACCAGCGAAGAUGUUCCGCCACCUCCUACCUACGGGCAACAUCAGAUUACUGACCCCGACAGCGAUGAUGAAUAUGGGACUCAGAAUAGCCAGGCGCAGCGAAGAAAACCAGGUGGUUAUGAUAGCCGGAUUGAGCAGAUUCUCUACGAAAAUCCAGAGCUUCCCAUCCUGAUCACGGAUGCUGGAAAGAGCAUGGAGAGCGGCGGCAAAUAUAUCGUUUAUACGAUCAGAACAGGGGACCUUGAAGUCCGGCGUCGAUACUCGGAAUUUGCGUCAUUACGCGAUGCGCUGACUAGGCUUCAUCCUACACUUGUUAUUCCUCCGAUUCCUGAGAAGCAUACAAUGGCCGAUUACGCUGCAAAUCCAACCAACGCGAAGCAAGACCAGCAGAUUAUUGACUUGCGAAAGCGUAUGUUGGCUGUCUUCUUGAACCGCUGUCGGCGGAUGGAACAUAUUCGAGACGACGGGGUCUUAUGGAGAUUCCUCGACCCGAAUGUUAGCUGGAAUGAAGUGCUACACUCGCAUCCUAUCUCAUCUAUUCCGAAGACGAUUAUGAAAGCACCACCGCUAGAUACAGCAAACCCUACGCCGGCGCACUCAUACCUUCCGGUGCCGGCUGCCUCAGCCAAGCUAAAGACGCCCGUGAAUCCACCUCCAGGUCCGGUAUUUGACAGCUCUAGUACCGUUGCUUCUCAGAUACUCCGCCGGUUCCCUCCUGAAGCUCAUGGUUUAAACGAACAGGAAUUAGAUCCGUACUUUAUCACCUUUGAAGCAUCAAUCAAAGAACUAGAGCAAGCACUAAUGGGACCGAUGGAGAAAGUGAACAGGCGCACACUCAACCACUUAAGUUCUCUGGCAACAGAUCUCUCAGAUUUAGGUGCCAAGUAUAAUGCUUUUGCGCUUUCUGAGCCAUCCCCAUCCCUAGCUGCGGCCAUCGAGAGAGUGGGUCAAGCUGCAGAUUCGUCAUAUAUCGCGACGGAGGAAUUGUCAAGUUCACUUGGGGCGAGCUUCGCCGAACCCAUGAGAGAAAGUGCACAGUUUGCGGGGGUUGUUCGUAACGUACUACGAUACAGGAUUCUCAAAAGAGUCCAGCAAGAAAUGGCCAACGAUGAACUCCUCAAGAAAAAAGCUCUCUUAGAGCAGCUAGAGAGUAGUGAGGCCGAGGCAAAGCGAAUUGAUCAAUAUCUCAGCAGCAGCCAACAAAUAGGGGGAAGUCAUCAAGUCCACGCACCUCGAAGGUCGGUCAGUAUGAGAGAAACAUCGACACCGCAUUAUAAAGAAAGCAGUGGAGAGGACACAGCAUCUAUUGAUUCAGACUUCCCUCCAAGCCAUGCAGAUGUUUCUUCAGCCCCUUCGGCGAGAGUGGGAGUUCCUGAGAGGUCAACCUCUAGUUCGAACCAUAAGAAGGUCCCUAGUGGCAACUCUAUCACCAAUAAGAUCUUUGGUCCGAUACGUCAUGCGAUACAAGGUGUUGCUGAUGUAGAUCCAGAGAGGACUCGACGUGACGCUAUAGGAAAGACACGCGAGAGUAUAGAGCAACUAGAACAAGCUCAGGUAGCGGCGGCGCAAGAUGUGAGGGACGCGAGUGCAAGCAUCCUGCAAGAUCUAAAGAGGUUUCAAAAUGAGAAAGAAGAUGACCUCAGGCGCUAUAUGCUUGCCUAUGCGAAGAGCCAAAUCGAAUGGGCGAGAAAGAACAAAGAGACAUGGGAGGAGGCGAGGGCCGAGGUUGAAAAGAUCGAUGAGACGUAG